GGCCGAUCGGGCGGGGGCUCAAAAGGGUGGAGGUGGCCACGCCUGGAAGGUCUGGAAGCCUCAAAUGGACCACCACUCCGUGGGACACGCUUUGGAGCCCCGUCCUCGCAGAGGGGUUCAAAACGGUCGCGCGGAUGGUCGGGGGGGGGGGGGGGGGACAGUGGAAGCCUGGAAAGGCUGGCACACACUCAGUGAAGCCUCCUCCCCAUCCGGAGGCGAGUCUUCCAUCAACACCUUUCCCCCCAGCCCAGAAGCCCCAGGCAGCCACCCUUUCCACGGGGACUUGUUUGUAGCCCCCCAGCUUGGGUUCCCCUUCCAACGCCUCCCUUCUGAAGGUCAGCCGCGAGCAGAGCGCCUGAUCCCUCCUGCCCUCGAACUGGGGAAGGAAGCCGUCAGAUUGGCUUUCCCGGGAUGUUCCCGACCUUCUCGGAGCCCCCCCCCCCUGCAGAGUCCCGGCAGCCCUUCUGGCCGCCCACAUGACUGGGCCCCGCCGGCCCCCAGUUCCAGACAGGACCAAAGAAGCCCACCUCCCCUGCUGGAGGGGCCCUCCCUCUCCCAGCCCGACGCGAUCGUCCUUAUCUCGUCCCCGGAAGAGAGUCCGGAGGGCAGGGUGCAAAGGCAGCGCCGGGCAGGGCUGGAAAUGGGGGCUCUCGCUAGGACUCUGCUGUGCCCUUGCCGCCUGCUCCUCCUCCUGGGGGUCUUCCUCCUCCUGCUCUGCCUCUCCAGCCGGCGCCUCCCAGAGCUUUCCCUCUCUGCCUGUGUCUUGGGAGGGCAUCCCUGCCCUUGGUUCGGGGAGACGCUGCCCGGGGAAGAAGAGGAAGAGGAGCACGUUCCUGGGCCUGCCCCCACCGGGACCCCAAAAGCACCCCUCCCCCUCAGGGGCGAAGAGUUCGACAUCAGGCGCCUGCAGAGGGCUUUCAUGGACAGCCUCACUCCCAGGGGCGAGAUCCUCCUCCAGGAAUACCUCUGUGGCUGGAGACAGCUGAUCAAGUUUAUGGACGUGCUGGGGAACGCCUUCGGACUAAUUUCUCAGGAAACUCAGUCCAAGAUCACCAUUAUGCAACAGCACCAGGAUGGGCAGCAUGGCCUCCACUACCGCACCGUGCAGUCCAUGGUGAACUUUGAGCUGGCCUCCGGUUUGGUGGGCUUCCAAUCCCUGCCAGCUGAUUGGCCUCCCUCUGGCUGCCGGACGCUGCUGCGCCUUCAUCGUGCCUUGAAGUGGCUGGAACUUUUCCUGCACAAACUGGGGACCAGCCAGAAGGAUGACAAACCCUCUCAGAUGUGCAUGGAUGCCUACCGGGAGGCACUGGCCCCAUACCACAGCUGGUGGGUGCGGCAGGCGGCCGCCCUGGCCUUCUUAGCCAUGCCUUCCCACCAGGAGCUCUACCGCAUCAUCAUCGCCAGGCAGGAGAAGCAGGCAGCUUGGGCCAUUGUCAUGACCACGGUGGAGAGCCUGGGCCGAGUCUACAACAUCACCCAAGAUGUCUUUUCCGCCCAUGGGAUGCUGCAGCUGCCCUAAUACCUCAGAACCCGCCGGAGCAGAGGUUGGAUUUUGCUCCUGCUGCCUGAAGAAUGGAUUCAGGGCCCGAGAUCUGCUCUCCCUGGCAGAAAGUGGCUCAAGAGGACCAUCCCUGCCCCAUGGACAACCCAGGCAGCAGCCCACCUGUCAAUCCUGGAGGUAGCUGAAGACAGAAUCCUGAAGACAGCAGGGGAACUGUUCUGGGGGGAGGGAGACUUGACUGUCUUCCAGCCCUUUAAUCAAUAAAAUGCCCUUGGGAGA